CCAGCAGACCUGAUAAUGUUCUCAAUUUCUGGUCUCUGUGUGCCAGCACAGGAUGCUGUGAGGCUUUUCAAGAUGUCCAACAAAGAAUCUUGUGGAAACAAGGAGCCAUCUCAGAGAAAAAGCAAUGCUUUAUCACCCGUCUCUGAUGAAAAAUCAGAUCAUGCAGACACUCUGUGCUAUAAUAUGAAAAGAAGACAAAACUUGAAAAGAUUGAGUGUAGAAAUUGACACUCCCAGAAAGAGACUGAAAAUCAAUUCCUCAUCCCAAGAACCUGAUAAAAUCCAAGAAGCCUCAUAUUCAAAUGAUAAUCAAAUUACUUCACAUAGUCCUUCCUCAAAUGGAGCUAAAAAAGAUAUAAAUAACUACGCAGAUUUUAAACUUAAAGAUAUUAAAUUGACAAAUGUAAGGAGUACACUUGAUCGUGAUGUUACGAACCUUAGCAGUCCUAGGACUGCCAGAGAUGUGAGACCUGAAGCUGCAGGCCAGGCAGGGGAAGAGAAACGGCCUCCUUUACUUGCUCAGAGGGAAAAGACGAAAAAACGCAAGAAAAAAAGGAACAGUAAACUUAGAGACAGUUCUGAACAACGUUUCUCGGAGAAACGCGAGAGAAUUCCAUUUUCUCAGGAUUCUAACUCCAACGAGAUAAUCAAGGAGACUUUCGAAUGUAGAAGGAAGAUCAGUUUCAAAAUCCCGAUUAAAUCCCAUCCUGCCCUCCAGAAAGAGUCUGGCAAGUGGGAGGCUGAGCAGGAGGAAGAACGCCGGGAAGGCCUCCGCGCUUCCUGCAGUUCUGUCAGGCACAAACCCAGACGCUGGUUUUCAGAUGCCGCACGUAAGCAGCCUGCUGCUGAGUGGAAAGGCACCUCUCGUGAUGAGCGUCCGCAGAGCACUGACUGCAGUUCUGGGGAAACCGCUGCUGAGAAUUUUGAAGCAGUACGUUCUUCGGCGUCAUCUGAAAGUACUGAGGAUACAGACCAAGAGAUGCAGAUAGUGGAAGAGCUGCAUGCUGCCCGUGUGGGGAAGAGUGUGGGUUUGCCUGCGGCUCCGCCUUCUGGAGAGUUAGUGAGUAUGGACGUCGACCUGGUGGAAGACGAUGCCCAUUCUUCUGCAGCAAAUACUGCUUUGGACAAAAAGCUGCUAAUUGUUAUUGACACAAAUAUUCUGAUGAAUCAUCUCAAAUUUGUUAGAAUUUUGAACACAACAGAAAUACCAGGCUUUGACAGACUUAUCUUAAUAAUCCCCUGGGUUGUUGUGCAAGAACUAGACCGCAUGAAAGAAGGAAAGCUACUGAAACAUGCACAGUACAAAGCUAUCCCUGCAGUUCAUUUCAUCAAUGACAGUCUGAAAAGCAAAGACAGGAAACUGUGGGGUCAGUCAAUACAACUUGCAUCACAAAAAUUUUAUGGAUUGCGUGAUGAGAACAAUGAUGAUCGAGUAUUAAAAUGCUGUCUUCAGUACCAGGAAUUAUUCCCUUGUUCUCUCGUUAUUUUGUGCACGGAUGAUAGAAAUUUAAGAAACAAAGGCCUAAUAAGUGGUGUGAAGUCACUCAGUAAAGAAGAAUUGAGUGCAGAGUUAUUGAACUUGUCUCAGAACACAGAUGUGUGUCAUCAGCCUUGUGUUUCUAAGCAACAGUUGAAAGCAGAAGCAGCACUGUUGGAAGGGAGCCAUGAGGAAGAAGCCGCGAAUUCUGGACUGUCCAUUCUGCUGGAGAGCAUCAUAUCUGAUCUUGAAAAGUCUCUUGGAACGGCUUUGUCUUCAAUAUUAGAAACAGAGAUGAAAAUCGCUUUUGGAAACCUCUGGAUGGAGAUACUGUACGUGAAACCGCCGUGGACGCUAAUACAUUUAUUGCGAUGCUUUAAAAAACAUUGGUUGGCUGUAUUUGGAUUAAUUAUGGAAAAGAAUUUGCUUUUAACUAUUGAGAGCGUAUACGAAAAUCUCUGUAAAGCUAAUAAUAACACAGUGGAUUUUACAACAGUGAAGUUCCUGCUUCAGGAUUCUAAGAGUUUGUUACAUGCUUUUAGUACAAGGUCAGAUUACGAUGGUGUUCUUCCACGGGCCUUUGCUGAAGUGGACAAGCUGCUCCAGACAUUUGCAGAGGUCAAGACAACAUCGAAGCCAAAUUCUUCAGAACACACAGUGAAUGAAAACCAAGAAGAUACUUGUUCGGUGAAGUCUCCUAGCCAAGAAAGCACUGUUUGCUCGGAUUCCUAUCUUCUCCAGCCUAGCAGGCAUCAAGAAAUCUGGUCUGUUCUAGAGAAUGUCUGGAUUUCAAUAUGUCAAAACAGUAUGGAUGUGUUUCAAAGGCUGGGCUCAAAUUCAGCUCUGAGUACUUCAACGGUAGCAUCAUUGGAAGAAGCAUUUCUUUAUCUUCAGAAGUUAAUGGCAGCUGUGAAGGACAUUCUUGAAGGAAUUCAGAGGAUUUUAGCCCCUGACAGUAAUUAUCAAGAUGUUGAGACCCUCUAUAACUUCCUAAUCAAGUAUGAGAUGGCACAUAUGUCGCCGGGUCAUCAGCGACGGUCCUCGUGUGACACAUCAGAUCCUGGGCUCACUCACCCUGCUUAUCCUCAGUUUUCUGUGUUUGGCCUACACCUUCCCAUCUCCUAGACUCCCGCAAGAGUCACCCAAGAGUGACACAUGUACUCAGUUUCUACUUUGGCUCCCUAGGUAAGCAUACAGUAGAACCAUAGAAACAGUACCUUCUCUCCAGCGCAGACUUGUUUCUCAUCAGGGUGCUACUGGCCUUUUGGAGGUCGUUUCUGGAUUGUGUGGGGCACAGCUGGCUGUCUGACUUUGCGGUUCCUCUUCAAAUACUAAUUAGCUAGCCGAGUCAUUGUGGCAAUUACAGAUGCUACCCACCCCCACCCCCACCCCCAGGCAGGCAGAACCCCGAUGCUGCGAAGGAAAACCACAGUUGAGUUUCCUCUGGGGCAGCAGCAUGGGUUGGGGUUAGAGCUGCAUCUUGCAGGGUGGCCUGCGUGCUUUCUCAUCACUGCUGAUCCACGGAAGGUGCUCUGCCGAUUGCCAGUUGUUGCUCAAAACUCUGCCCGCAUUCUUUGUAUAUUCCUAUUUUCAAGUUUGUGUGUUUCAUUUUUAAAACAUUCUAAAUGAAGCAGUGUGACAUAGAUUCAGGUCUCAUGUCUUAAGGAAAUAAGCUCCUUUAAAUAGUCUUCUUUACAUUUGUUCCUAAAAAAACCUUUUCAAAUUUUGUUUUCAUUGUACUUUAAAGGUAGAGAGAGAAACAGCUCUUCCAUCUGCUAGUUUGCUCCCAGAUUCCUAAAACAGACGGACUGUACCUGGCAGAAGCCAGAGGCCUGGAGCUCAGACCAGGAGUCCCAUUAGGAUGCAGGAACCCAGUAGCUUCUGAGCCAACACCUGCUGUCUUCCCAGGUGCUUUAGUAGGAAGCUGCGUUGAAGUGGCAGAGCCGGAGUCAAACCAGGCACUCGGAUAUGGAGUGAAGCGUGAAACGCCUACCACUAUGUGAUUUUUUGCAUGCCGUGCCUUCCAUUAAGAAUCUAGUGAUCAAGAGCACAGACGCUGGGGCUGGCCUUGUGGCAUGGCGUGGUGGAAAGCUGCAGCCUGCAAUACUGACAGCCCACAUUGGCCUCCAUGUGUGUCUAAGCAGCUCCACUUCCAAUCCAGCUCCCUGCUACGGCCUGGGAAAAGCAGCAGAAGAUGGUCUGAGUGUUUGGGCCCCUGCCAUCCAUGUGGGAGAUCUGGAAGAAGCUCCUGGUUCCUGGCUGUUGUGGCCAUUUGGAGAGUGAACCAGUAGAUGGAAGAUCAAUAUCCCUCCCCGCCGUAACUCUGACUUUCAAAUAAAAAAUAAAUCUUUAGGAAAAGAACACAGACUCUGAGGUCAGACUGCUUGUGUUCAACUGUUGUGUCCUCCGCUUGUUAACUGUAUGGCUAGGAACAAUUGUGUAACUCUCUGUGUCUCAGUUCCUUCAUCUGUUAAAUGGGAGUCACAGCAGUAGAUACAGAACAAUAAAACAGUAUGUCAGACGAGUACCAUGCAGGGUAAGUGGUAGUCAGAUGAGUACCAUGCAGGGUAAGUGGUAUGUCAGUCGAGUACCAUGCCGAGUAAGUGGUAUUUCACGUGAGUACCACGCAGGAUAAGUGGUAUGUCACAUGAGUACCAUGCAGAGAAAGAGGUAUGUCAGACGAGUACCAUGCCGAGUAAGUGGUCAGUGCUCACUGUUUUUAUUUCAGCACACAUUGGUAUUCAUAUAUGCUUUUAAAAAGCAUCCAGAAUGCUUUACAACCUCAUUGUGUGAUUAAGACCAUUUCCCCGUUUGACAUGAUUUGUGUUUUAUCACUUUCUAAAUUUCAGUAAUAAUAAUUCAAAUUCUAAUAAUGGAAAUAUAUUUAUGGACACAGUAGGACACCUUUUUUUUUUUUAAGAUUAUUUAUAUUUAUUUGAAAGAUGGAGUUACGGAGGUAGAGGCAGAGAAAGAGGGUGUCUUCCAUCCGCUGGUUCACUUCCAUCCGCUGGCCACGAUGGCUGGAGCUGGGCCAAACCAAAGCUAGGAGCCAGGAGCUUCUUCCAGAUCUCCCACACGGGUGCAGGGGCCCAAGGACUUGGGCCAUCUUCCACUGCUUUCCCAGGCUGUAGCAGAGAGCUGGAUCAGAAGUGGAGAAGCCAGGACUUGAACUGGCACCCAUAUGGGAUGCUGACAUUGAAGGCAGUGGCUUUACCCACUGUGCCACAGUGCUGGCUCACUAGGACAUCUUUAAAAUUAUAUAUCCUAGAAAAUUCUGGGGCAUAAGUCUUUGUGGGUUUAGUACUUCCUAUUGUAUGGUUUUUUUUUUUUUUUUACAGGCAGAGUGGACAGUGAGAGAGAGACAGAGAAAAGUCUUCCUUUUGCCAUUGGUUCACCCUCCAAUGGCCGCCGCAGCCGGCACACUGUAGCCGGCGCACCGCGCUGAUCCGAAGCCAGGAGCCAGGUGCUUCUCCUGGUCUCCCAUGGGGUGCAGGACCCAAGCACUUGGGCCAUCCUCCACUACACUCCCAGGCCACAGCAGAGAGCUGGCCUGGAAGAGGGGCAACCGGGACAGAAUCCGGCGCCCCAACCGGGACUGGAACCCGGUGUGCCGGCGCUGCAAGGUGGAGGAUUAGCCUAUUGAGCCACGGCGCUGGCCAAUACUUCCUAUUGUUAAGAAUAUUGGUUAAAAAUAUACCAAGCUAAUUAUUUAUAAAAAUAUAUUGGGGGCUGGCACUGUGGCUUAGCUCUGGCUGUUGUAGCCGUUUGGGGAGUGAACCACCAGAUGGAAGACUUCUCUCUAUCUCUGCCUCUGCCUCUCCCUCUCUGUAACUUUGCCUUUCAGAUAAAUAAAUCUUAAUAUAUAUAUAUUGAGAGGCUGGCAUUGUGACUCAGUAGGUUAAACCACUGCCUGCAACACUGGCCUCGCAUAAGAGCAGAUUCAAGUCCCGACUGUUCCAUUUCCUAUCCAGCUCCCUGCUACUGUGCCUGGGAAAGCAGUGGAAGAUGGCCAGAGUGCCUAGGCCCUUGCACCCACGUGGGAGACCCGGAUGUAGUUCUGGCUAAAACCUGGUAUAGCCCCAUUGUGGCUAUUUGGGGGAUGAACCUGUCGAUAGAAGAGCUCUGUCUCCCUCUCUCUGUAACUUUCAAAUAAAUAAAAUAACUCUUAAAUAAAUAAAUACAUAAAUAUAUAUAUAUUGGCUUGAUUCUCAGAUUUUUAAAAUAAUUUCUCUUAGCAGAAUUUAAUCCCCAUUCCAGUUGCCACAUUGGAGAUUCUGUCUCAUAUUACAGUGAUAGGACUAUCCAAAUCUGAAGAAUUGUGACUGUUUUUACAUAACUGUUGUGUUUUAUUCUUGCAUUUUUAGUAAUGAAAAAUAAUUGUCCCAUUUUUAAUAUUUGGUUUUUAUUAUAAGUAAUACAACUAAAACAUACAACACUCUUACACAAUCUACUUUAUAGUGCCAACUCUGUUAACAAAAGCUUCUUUUAGCUGUUUGAUCCCCAGAAAUUGAAAUUAUGUAUUUAAGCACAGCCAUGAUACUUAACAUAAACCACUGUGGCUAAGUAGAAAUGUCUUGGUUGGGGCCAGCAUUGUGGCAAAGUGGAUUAAGCACCACCUGCAAUGCUGACAUCCCAUUUUUUGGGUCCUAGCUGCUCCUCUUCUGAUCCAGUUCCCUGCAGUUGUGCCUGGGAGAGCAGUGGAGGGUGGCGCAAGUACUUGGGCUUCUGCCACCCACGUGGGGGACCCAGAUGUGGUUCCAGGCUUUUGGCUUUGGCCUGGCCCAACCCCAGUCAUUGUGGCCAUUUGGGAAGUGAACCAGCAGAUAGAAGAUACCUCUCUCUCUCUCUUUCAAAUAAAACUUUAUUUUAAAGUCUUGGUUAUCAAAUGUAAUGAGUAUGGUGAACCGAGUUGUUGCAUGUUAGAAGUGUCAUGCAUUUGUUCUUCCGGUUUUCAUUUGUAACUAUCUGCUCUAAGCUGGAGCCACAUCAUUCUCCUGCAGCUGUUUUCCAGAGUAAAUGUCUAAAUAUACGUGGCUUGUUGCUUUCAAAACUAAAGAUAUUAUACUUUUUAAAAACCUCUGUGAAAAGCCUAACUUUUUAAUUCACAUCAUAUCACGUUCAAAAUCAGUUCCUCAACUGAUUGAUCUCAGCAGUUGAAGAAUGGAUUGUGUUUAUCCUGUGACCAGACACCUGCAGUGUCUUGACAGAUGGACCAAGUUAGGAGACAUUGUACCUAGGGCUGUGGUGGAAGUAUCAGAGGUCCUGGGCGAUGGGGACAGAAUAUAUGAUGUUGAUGGCUUAACUCCACAUAUUUGCUUCAGAAUAUUUUCAGAAAAAUUUUAAAGUAAAAAUUAUAACCAGUGGAUGGGUGCCUCUGUCACUCUGUUUUUCUGUCUCCUGCCUUUCAAAUAAACAAAUUUUCAAAAAUAUGUAAACUAAGAAAAAGGUAUGAUAAAUUAUAUAUUCCAAUUUUUAAGCAAAAUAAUAGAAAUAGAAGUGUUUGAGAUUUGCAUUUGAGGGACGGUGUUGUGGUACAGCUGGUUAAGCUGCCACCUGGGACACUGGCAUCCCAUCUCACGGUGCCGGUUCCAGUCGCCAUUGCUCUGCCUCCCAACCGGGUCUCUGCUGGUGCACAGGCGUGAGUGCUUGGGCCCUUGCCGCCCACGAUGGGAGACCAGGAUGCAGUUCCCAGCUCCGGGCUUCAGCCUGGCCCAGACCAUUUGGGGAGUGAACCAUCGGACGAUCUUACUCGCUCUGUCCUCUCUUUGUGUGACUUUGCCUUUCAAAUGCAUCUUAACAUUUAUAUUUGAAAAUGAUUAUAUAUUUACUUUUAAUGUAAGAAGCACUUUCCACACAUAUAUGUUGAACUUUUUAUGAAAACAUUGAAGAAGGUCAUGGAAUUUUUACAAAUGAGAAAUACCCUAAUGCUUUAGAAGACUUUUAUGAUAUGAAUGUUUAAAGUAGCUUUAAGGGCCAGCACGUGGCACAGCAGGUUAAGUCUUCUCCUGCAGUCUGGCAUCCCAUGUGAGUCCCAGCUGCUCCACUUCCGAUUCCGCUCCCUGCUAAUGCACCUGAGAGAGCAGCAGGUGUUGCAAGUGUUGGGCCCCUGCACCGGGCGGGCACCUGAACGAAGCUCCUGGCUCCUGGCUGUGGUCUGGCCCAGCCCCAGCCUGGCCCCUUCUCUCCCUUUUCCCCUUCCCCAUUUCCCUCUCCCUCUCCCUCUCCCACUGUGCCUUUCAAGUAAAAAUAAAUCUUAAAAAAUAAUAACAUUAAAUGAGGGUAAGGAUGUUCUCAAAGUACACUGAGUAGAAGACAGUCUUACUGAGAUUCCUGCCACUAAUUCCAGCUUUGUGAAGGUGUGUCCCCUGACUUGCAUUCUGGUAAGAAAGGUGUCCUCUGCACGUUUCCAGGUUCGUCCUUGCAUGUAAAUGCGCAUAGCCUGUCAGCGGCAAGGUGCGGGGAGCAAGCUCCUUCCGCAGGGCCUCCAUGUGUGUGUGUGAUGAAGAAAUUUUAUACUCAGGGUUGUGAAUGCUGUCUCUGAAUUAUCAUUCUUAGUAACUUAAUUAAAUAUGUAGACCCUCAAACUGAGGAAAUGUCCGUGUGUGAAGCUUUUGCCCAAAUCAGAUGGAUCUCUCCUCCAUUUAUAACCUUAUCAUGGUUUUCCGUCCAUUUGAUCUCCAAAGUGAUCGCCUGCUUUGUUGAGAUUCCCAUGACUUCUAAGUCCACCUCACUUCAGCUGUUGACUUGUAAGACAAGCGCCAGCGUUCUUGCCCACCGCCGAGAUAAUUAGCAUUGUGGUCACUGGACUUCCUGAUUCAGCGAUUCUGCUCUCCGAUGUGAUGGUACUCUCAUCACUCUUUACCAAGUGUUCUUAAUGACCGUAUUUUGAUUCU